UCUCUUCGACGUCAACGCAUCCGGGCUGGCGCAGAACCGGCGCUGGUGCUCAGUGCUUGUCGGACGGCGCUGGGACGGGAGCAUGUCGCCGCGCCCUGUACCACCGCAUAAAAGAUACCAGAGAGAAAAAGAAAUGUCUCUACGUGUUGUGCAGGAGGACGCACAGAAGGGAUGAACGCGAGCGGAGUCGGAGGGCCCGGGGGUCCCCUGGGGGAUGAUUUCGAGAGUAAUUGCCCGGAAGAAACGGAAUCCGGCGUCCCCCUACCGCCGUGGGAAGCGGCAGCGGCGUCGGUCACCCUGGGCUUCCUCGUCCUGGCAACGGUCCUCGGUAACGCUCUCGUUAUCCUGAGCGUAUUCACCUACCGGCCGCUACGAAUCGUCCAAAACUUCUUCAUCGUGUCUCUGGCCGUGGCCGACCUGGCGGUGGCCCUCCUGGUCAUGCCGUUCAACGUCGCCUACCUCCUCCUCGGCAAGUGGGUGUUCGGAAUCCACCUCUGCAAGCUCUGGCUGACCUGCGACGUGCUCUGCUGCACGGCGAGCAUACUGAACCUCUGCGCCAUCGCCCUCGAUCGUUACUGGGCCAUAACGGACCCGAUAAACUAUGCCCAGAAACGCACCCUGAAACGGGUCCUCGCGACGAUCGCCUUCGUCUGGAUAUUCUCGGGGGCGAUAAGCUCCCCCCCCUUGGCCGGGUGGAACGACUGGCCCGAGGAACUCGAGCCCGGCACUCCGUGUCAGCUGACCCGCAGACAGGGGUACGUCAUCUACUCCUCCCUCGGCUCGUUCUUCCUGCCUCUACUCCUGAUGAGCCUCGUCUACCUCGAGAUAUUCCUCGCGACGAGGAAGCGACUCCGGGAGAGGGCGAGGCAGAGCAGGCUCGGCGCCGUCGCCUCGACGAGGCAUCGCUGCACCGACGACGAUCCCGAGGAGUCGGUCAGCUCCGAGACUAACCACAACGAGAGGUCGACGCCGCGCUCCCAGGCGAAGCCCUCCCUCAUCGAGGACGGGCCGACGACCAUGACGGUCACCCUCGGAGGGGCGACGUCGACGACGACAGCGAUCGCGCCCUCGACCACGGUGUACCAGUUCAUCGAGGAACGUCAGAGGAUCUCGCUGUCGAAGGAGCGCCGCGCCGCCAGGACACUCGGUGUCAUUAUGGGUGUUUUCGUCGUAUGUUGGCUACCCUUCUUCCUUAUGUACGUUAUCGUCCCGUUCUGCUCGAGCUGCUGCCCCACCGAGAGAAUGGUCUACUUCAUUACGUGGCUCGGAUACGUUAACAGCGCUCUAAACCCCCUCAUAUACACGAUAUUCAAUCUCGACUACCGGAGGGCGUUCAGGCGGCUCCUUCAUAUCCGUUGAAGCUCGACCCACUCGUUUCGAAUCCAUUCUGACGACUAAAGGACGCGAUAAAUUUAAACGAAUAUUGUAGGUAGCACCAUCCGUGCCGCUGCGAGACGGUGCGUCCGAGAUAUUGAUUAUGACUGGUUACUUCCCCUAAAGUGAUUCGCCGCUUCGUCGAUGUCAUUCACUUUUUGUGUACCUAUACUUUUCUCCGCUUACAGAGGUCCCCCCCGCCAUGUAUCUCGAGGGCGCGUACAAUUAUGGAGAUUUUUCUUCAAUCAACAGGCGUAGACUCGUUCAACAUUUUGCAAAGACAAAAAAAACCGAAGGAGUGGUUAAUGUUGGUUUUUUUUUUAUUUUUUUUUUUUUAUUUUCUGGAUCAAAAAUCUCGUCUCUCGCGAUCGUUUCAAGACAUUCCUCGGUGUGUCUACAUACUGUCCUUAUCGGCCAAAGUCAGGGAAGGUAAAACGGCUUCAAGAUUUUAAGAUAACGAAUGCACCGAUCAGUUUCACCUCCCCGCAUACUAAAAGUACUACAGAUAGCACCUAAAGUGCCCGCUGCCAGCGAUAUGACUUUGUCCUCUGAUUGUCUAGCGCCGUGAAACUUUUUCAAUCAGAAAUAAAAUUUCCGGUGGUUGUGUAAGAAAUUCAUGGAAGUGGGGAUUUUAUCGGAAACCAGAAAAGAACUUCAAUUGGCUUUUUUACGGGAAUGGAAAAGAAACUCACCCCGUUUACAUUUAUCCAUUCUCACGGUAACAUCUGCUCAUCCGUCGACAUCGGGAAAUUAAACUUGCUGAAUGAGAUGAAAAUAACGAUUAAAAUAAAUAAGUCAGACUCUCUCGUCAGAAAAGAGGAAGUUUUUGUUUAUGUAGUCAUUAAAAACUUGGAAUAGGAGUCCAAAAGUAACCCUUCCGGUAAUUUUACUUCUUCAACAACGUCUGCUACGUAAUACUUACAACGCAAAAUUACUAUAAAAAUUUGAUUUUUCCAUACGCUUCUUUGGCUUCGGUCACAUUUCAAACGAAGACUCCAAGUUUUCCAAAUAAAAAAGGGCCCUCUUGAAUUUUUAUAUUUCACCCGAGUUGCUAGAAAAAAUGGAAUGAUCUGACAAGACGAAGUCAAGAAUUAAGAGCUGAGAUGCGACGGAAAUUGCGACAGAAAGGUCUGCGGGGCGAAAUAAACUUUCCGAUUGCCUCGUAACUUGCAAAGGCAUCACGUCUAGGGUGGUAAUUAAUUAUUAAAUCAGUCGUUUCGUUUGGAUAGUGUUUCGACCGAGAAUACCAAUGAUUCGUGUCAGAGUCAAUAGCGAUUUGCUUGCGGGCGGAAUAAAUAUCGGCGAAGCGAGAUAUCACUCACUGGGUAUACAUUUUCAUCUCAAGCAAAUUAUAACGAAGGGUUCAGUGUACCGUAAGUAUUGUAAAUCAGUAAAACGAAACAAAUAAGGUUGAAAAUUAUACGGAGCUAUGACCACUCCGGUCAAGGCGCUUGAAAAAAAAUUUUACUGAGAACUAGUUGUUACAUUUUUAACAAAUAAUUACAAGUAUUAAGGUUGUGAUUCGGUAUGUAUAUAUAGCCAUGUAUGUACCGAAACUAUAUAUAUAUAUAUAUAUAUACCAACAUAUAUUAUAUAUCAGAAUCCAUUUGCUAUUACCUAAUGGUCUUUGAUUAUAUUCAUUACGUACAUAAGAAGUACGCGUUCUAUUAUAUACAUAUUAUUAUUAUUAUUAUUAUUAUUAUUAUUACUUUGAGUUUGGUUUUUAUUUUUAUAAAUUGAAAGAUAAUAACGAUAAAGUAGCGAACGCGCGAUUAAUAAUUGAUAUUAAUCAACGCGUCGCUCGUCAAAUACCUGACGAUUGUCGUGCAAGACAAUUAUUGUCAGGAGACACUCUUAAUAAGGUUGUGAUAAGGUUGUGAAAACAUUCUUAGCUGCGCUUUGAAUGACACAAGAUGUUUAUUUAUCAAACAAACACAGUUUAAAACUAUGUAUACCUAUAUACAUAUGUAUAGAUGCAUAAACGCACAGAUAUGCAUAUAUUAAUAUGUAUAUAGAAUAGAAAUUUUAUGUAAAAGAUAGUCCAAUGCACUAGAUAUUGCCCACCGCGUUUGAGACUAGCUGAAAUGUUAAAACGCUCAAACGAACGUGUAAACCCGGAACUCAUCGAAAAAUUCUCAAUUUCCAAAAAGGUGGUCCAAUUAUUUGUGAGAUAUGAUGAGAUGGGAAUGAAACGUACUCGUAAUUAAAACUUAUAUAUAUUUAUCAUUUAGGUAAGGGUACGUCUUUCUUUGCUAGAAUUGGUCGAGUGCGGUACGUUUAUUUCUGCGGCGGGCACAGCGCGAUGAUCGAAUUUUUCACGUCCGUUCUAUCGACUGCUAGCAAAAGUGAUUUUCUUCUAGGCAGAGUUAUCGCAGUUACAUAUAUAUAUGCAUAACGUGUACCUCGAAUUUCUGCGCCAGCAAUCUUCGAGUAUAUAUAUAUAGCUCAAAUUGUUUUCAUCCCGAGAUUUCUCACUCUCACUGUCAGCGUGAAUUAACGAUGUACAAAUCCAUUGAUAACGCGUGUGUGAAACUACUUUACCGUAAUAUACUAGCAGGUGAUUCGCAUGAAAUGUGUCUCCGCGUUUAUGAUAACAAUUUGUCUUGAAAUAAAGCUGUUUUUCAUGCAGGCCACGAUGCUCGCCAUUGUUCGAAGAGAAAAGGGGGACAGAUAUCUAAAAGAUGUGAAAGAUGUGAUUCCGAGUCGAGAAAAAACCGAUAGAGAGCUUUAUACUUGAGCUGGAACGAAUGGCCGGCUGCGGUCGUGCAACGAAAGAGACAAAAGGCUUAUUCUUGGGUAUGUCCAGGAGUCAAGGAAUAGCCACUCCACGUCAGAUACCCCGUUGAGGGUCGUGUAAGCUGUCACUUUCAAGGAAAUUGGCCAAACGGCCACCCGCUGCAGCCAUGAACUAAAAUCUUGACCGUAGAAUAGAAGCAUCUGCCGAGUAGAAUACAUUUUAUAUGUAUAAAAAUGAAAAAACUACCUAACGGUAUGAACGAUAUCGUGGUUUCACACAUGGAUGCUCGGUAGAAUCCUGAUAGUUGAUUAAAGAAACAAUAUGCAGAAAAACCUGCACCCGUUAACGGAAUUCCGAAAGAAAAACUCUCGAUACGAUCCGUUUAAAAAGUUUUCUGGGGCUACAUCUCGUGGGGUAAAAGACUGGAACACAGCGUUUCAAAUCUUUAGUGUGAUAAUUGAGGAGUACAAAAAUCCUACAACUCCAUUGAUUGAAGAAUUGAGAAAAUCUUGAGUUGAAAGAACAGAAAAAAAAAUAUAUAAAAAAACAAUGCUUUACCGGAGUUAAGUUUGUCGUUGUUCCAUAGAUAAUAUAAAUAAAUAUAAUAAUGUAUGCAUCGAAUGCAAUUGCACGCAACAAAGUAUAUUCCGGCAAUCAAUCGUAUGAACCAAUUAUUUCAACAUUGAGUUUUGAAAUAGUUAAUUUGUUGGUCAAUGCGCAUAAAAUAGGGAUUUCUUGACGGGUGUGAAAGUGCCCCACGAAACGAAGGCGAGUCAAAAAUUCUCUAUACGCGCACGUGCCACAAAUCUUAUUUUCUGUGCUAUCUCCUGUCGAAGCCUACAUAGUAGUCAAGUUGUAAUUAACGGAGGUAGCGCUGAAAAAUAUUUCAAUCGCAUGGAAAACAGGUAUGACAAUCAAAUUUAUCCUGCCGUUUAAAAAGACGCAUAAAACUAUGCAUGCAGUCCAUAUUACAAGUUUAUAGCAACAAUUCGCGAGAUUCAUACGUUUAGACACUGCUAUCGAGAGAGAUUUGUAUAAUAAUUGCGGUCAAGUUAAUCAAUGUAAUCAUUCGGUAUUGAAGUACGGAAAUUUUUUUUAAAUAAGGAAAAAAUCAAUGAUACAACGGGAUAUCUCCGAGUUUUCUGUUAUUUGUUUACAAAAUGUUAGCGAAGUAUAACGAAAAUGUGAAAACUUUAAAGCUAGUCUCAAAGAUAAGAAUAUUAAAAACGCGUCGGGUAUAAUAUUAGUUACUAACAUUAUAACAAGUCUAUUACAAGACCUAUACAUAGGUUGAUUUAUUAUUGGGCCUGGCUGCCCACUUGAACAAACGCUACAUUUGAAUAGAUGAAUACUUUAAAAGAAAAGAAACAAAAUAUUUAAAAAAUAUUUUAAAAAUUGAAAAAGCAAAAAAAAAAUAAAUAAAUAAAUAAAUAAAUAAAUAAAAAUAAAAAAAAUUAACAAGCAAGUAAAUGAAUAAAUAACUUAAUACUCUAUUGGUUGUGAUUUACAAGUUCAUAGCAAUACACAAGCUGCGUCUGUUUGUGUAAAAAAUAUAGAACAACAGCACAAAUAACUGAAGCAUCGAUUAAAGGCUGGACCCUGUGUUGGUCCUAACAGUCGUUGUUUGUAACAAGCAGACACAAGUCGCUUGCAAUAGUAUUAAUUACGAUACCUACACGUACAUUUAUAUAGGUACGCAGAACGGGUAAUAUAAUGCGUCGUUAAGUAUGUACAUUACACGUCAGCGAAUAGGGAAGCGUGAAAUCAAGAAUCGGUGAAACAAUAUAAUAAUAUAACCUAUUGGAGAAUUAAAAGAAAAUUAGAUUAAGUAAGAAAUAAAUGUAAGAUUUCAUUUGCUUCGGAAAAAAUGUACAAGUGAACAUGAAAAAGUAUUACCAUUGUCAUUAUUGUUAAUUGUUUAUGAUCGUGAGAAGAAAAAAAUUAUUAUGCGGCUUUCUUACUUUUCUUUGAAAGGGAAAAAGGCCGCCGGCAUUAACGUCGUACCGUGUACGCAAUCGGAAUCAAUGUAAGGGCUUAUUGGCUUCUACUUAACAACAAGUUGGAAAGGCAGUCGACUCUCGUCUGGAACAGACUAUGUUACGAAUAUGUCGUACUUACCUAUAAAUAUGCCACUGUAGGCACUGCUACCGCCCUUUAAAACUUGGCAACAAAUAAGCAACGAGCUCGACACUCGGCCCCGCAUACCGCAAGUAUUUCCAAAAUCAAUUACCCGUUUUCCCCCAUUCAACCGCAGUCCGAACACCUUGGGCCAGCAUGUUUUCUCACUUAAAUCUCAUCCGACAAUUGCUCUUCUGCGCCUACAAAUUACCAUUACUCUGUAACGAACUUGUACCCGAUGAACAGAUUGUCGGGUUAUUCGACGUUUUACCUGCUUCUUGCCCCCGCGAUCGAGGCGUAGACGCAAUUGUAUGAUAUUGAAAAUAAUGUGGAUAUCGAUCAUAAAGAUUCAUAUGAUUGGGGAAUUCGAAAAAUACGCUAUCCGUGUAUGUAUCCGCUAUACGUGCCAUAGGUACCGUUGACCAAUUUCGGUAAUUCCGCAGUGUGGUCCUUUUCCGUGUCGAUGAUGGUAUAAAGAAUGCUGUGACAAGUAGCAAUACACCCUGACGGGGUUAAAUCCUUGAUUUUUAAUUGUUUUAGUAUACGUACAGUUUAUUUACUAGCACAGAGAAUGCGCGCCAAAAAUAAAUUCACGUCGAAUACCCUUGAGCAAAUGAUACGACUGAUGGAUGAAAAAAAUUUGAAUAAAAAUCAACUUAUGUACGGCCAAAGCGAGAAAUCGUCAUCGACUAUCGGUAUAUUACAUUAUACAAUAUACACGAUUUAUGUUAUGCUCGGAUGUGUGUAAAUAAUGAUGCAACUAUGAGCGUAAUGCUGGGUGCGGGUACAUAUUGUGGCUUAACUCAACACGUUGCCAAGUUGAUCGACAAGGAGCCGAGGUAAAAAGUACACCCCAGCUGCAAUCACACCUUUUGUCGCGGUUCAUCCAAUGUCGCAUCUAUUGCAUUCUGUCCUUGUUUGUUGCGGACCAACGCGUACUCCACGUGUGUUAAAAUUCGAGCUUUGGUCGUAUAAACAUAUGUAAUACAACAAUACUGUACCACUGUAUAUUUAAAAAUAUAUCUGUAAAAACUUGAA